GUUUAGUUGUGUUUUCGUCUUGCCUUUUUCCACUAGUCUCUCUCGCGAAGUAGUUGGAAAAAUCACCUUUUGCAAAGUUUUCGCUGGGACCAAAAAGCUACAUUUUCCAAGAACCGUAAGGAAAUUGCGCUGAUCGUCCGUGUGUGCGUGUGUGUGGAUGUGAGAGAGUGUGUGCCAUCGAUCCUGCAAGUGUGUGUUUGUACGCGAGUGUGGGGCCGCAAAUUAAAAGCAAUACCACACUGAAAACCGAGAUAAUCGCACACGGAAAAGAACGGUUUAAUUCAAUUACAAGUGAAAUUAGAGAGAGUGCCCGAUAAUUGGUGGCCAGGUGGACGGAAAAGUCCGCGGUGGUGUUACGUGAAAAUUCCGGAGAUCGUCGAGGGCCAAAGAAUCCUUUAGUGGCUGGCCAAAGGGGAAAGAAAUUGAUUUUCCAUUUUCCACAAUUGCAAUUGGAAGCAAAAGCAAAGCAGAAGAGCGAAGAAAAGAAAAGGGGAGAGCAAGCGUGCGUGCACGAGCGAAAGAGAGUGUGGAGCUCGAGGGGGUGUACGAGAGUGAGAGAGAGAGAGGAAGAGUGGGAGAGAGCAGCACUUCCAGGCGUCGCAUCCUCCUCCUUUUUCGCAUGCAAUGAAUAUUGUCGGGGAAUAUGAAUACAGCUCCAAGGAUAUGCUGGGCCACGGCGCCUUUGCCGUCGUCUACAAAGGACGUCAUCGCAAGAAACACAUGCCGGUGGCCAUCAAGUGCAUCACGAAGAAGGGACAACUGAAGACUCAGAAUCUGCUCGGCAAGGAGAUCAAGAUCCUGAAGGAACUCACCGAGCUGCACCAUGAGAAUGUGGUGGCUCUGCUGGACUGCAAGGAGUCCCAGGAUUGCGUUAGCCUGGUCAUGGAGUAUUGCAAUGGCGGCGACUUGGCGGAUUAUCUGAGUGUGAAGGGGACGCUGAGCGAGGAUACCGUUAGACUCUUCCUCGUGCAACUAGCUGGUGCUAUGAAGGCACUUUAUACCAAAGGAAUUGUGCAUCGUGAUCUCAAGCCACAAAACAUUUUGCUAUCGCACAAUUAUGGCAAAACAUUGCCAGCUCCAUCGAAAAUAACCCUGAAAAUUGCGGAUUUUGGGUUUGCGCGAUUCCUGAACGAGGGCGCCAUGGCAGCCACUCUGUGCGGCUCUCCCAUGUAUAUGGCGCCCGAGGUGAUCAUGUCGCUGCAGUACGACUCCAAGGCGGAUCUCUGGUCGCUGGGAACGAUUGUCUACCAGUGUUUGACUGGCAAGGCGCCAUUCUAUGCACAAACGCCCAACGAACUGAAGUCCUACUACGAGCAGAAUGCUAACCUGGCACCAAAAAUUCCAAGUGGCGUGUCGCCAGAUCUGAGGGAUCUGCUGCUGUGCCUGCUGCGCCGCAAUUCCAAGGACCGCAUCUCGUACGAGAGCUUCUUUGUGCACCGCUUCCUUCAGGGCAAGAAGGCGGCCGCGUCGCCAGGUGAGCCUAGUCAAGCAGCCAACCUGCGACGACGAGUCUCUAAGAGUGGUGUUCUUGCAGUUGACAUGCCACCGCUGGGCGGAACACCGCCUGCCAAGGCCAAGAGCCCCUUGCAGCAGCAGCUGGAGCAGGAACUGAAGCUGGUCAAGCUGGCCGAGCAGCAGCAAAAGGAGUGCGAGGACCAGGAGGCCCAGGAGGACGAGAACACGGUGUCCGUGGUGGCCAAUCCGGCUAUUUGUGCCACCAUCACCAACGUGGGUGUCCUGUGCGACAGUGAGAACAACAGCGGUUCUUGCAGCUCCCACGAGGACUCCGAUGACUUUGUGCUGGUGCCAAAGAACCUUCCGGAGGACCAGCGCCAGGGUCUGGCCCAAGUCCAAGCCCAGCCCGCUUCCGGUGGCCAACGUCCACAGCAGCAACAAAAUCAAUCCAGUCCGCCACGUCCCAGCAGUCUGCCCAUCUCUGAACCCAAACCAGUACCGGCUCCCGCUCGACGCCAGGUGGCCAGGCCCGGGCCGUUAACGGUAGCCACACUGGGUGGCCAGCAGAUACCCCGAUCGCAGCCAAUUAGCGUGAAGCAACCGCGACCGGAUCAGCGCAAGAGCAGUGUGAGCAGUGACAUUAACUCGAUCUCACCGCCGGCGGUGCAGUUUGCCAUUGGUACGCCACCUACGCGUAUGCGUUCUGCCUCUGGUGGAUCGCUGUCGGAGACACCGCCGCCUCAUGCUCCUAGCACCUGGCAGGUGUCGCCAGGACACUCGCAGUCGCCGUUGCGCCGAAGUGGCAAUAGCUCCCCAGUUCUGCCGUCCGCAGCGCUUACCAAAUUGCCCACUUUGGGCAGUCCCACAAUGCUGGUGGCGCCGGGAUCAUUGGGCUCGAUUGGUUCGGCGGGCAGUGGAUCGGAGAACAAUAACCAGCAUCACAUGCUGGGACCGCGAGCUUUUACGCUGCCCGAACUGGGGGCCACUGGUGGCCUACAUAGUCUGCUGGACACAGGAGCCGGCGGCGGUGGGGAACCACAUGCAUUCCAGGCCCCAGAACUGUCCGAAGAGACGCUGAUGGAUCGCGAGCACAACGAGACAUUGUCUAAGCUGAACUUUGUGCUGGCGCUCACCGAUUGCAUCCAGGAAGUGGCCGAUUCGCGAUGCGCACCGCUCUCCACGUUCAUGGUGGCCGGCAGUCAAUCGGCGGCGCAAGCGGCGUCAGCGGAUGCACAGCAGAUACCGCCGCACGCACCUGAGCACUGCAAACGGGCCGAGCGCCUGGUGCUGCUCGUCCGGGGACUGCAGCUCCUCUCGUCCGGGAUGAAUCUGGCUUCGCAGCAGCUGAGCAACGGCCAGCUAAAGCCGUCGUCCAAUGUGAAGAAUGCUUUGCUCACCAUGAACGCCAAAUACCGGAGCAUGCUGUUCGAAUCGAAACGCCUCAAUGGCAGCGGACUAUUGCAGAAGGCGAAUGCAUUUAACAUAACGGCGGAUAAAAUUCUCUAUGACUACGCACUGGAUAUGUGCCAGGCGGCUGCUCUGGAUGAGCUUCUGAAGAACACGAAGAAUUGCUUCGAGCGCUACAACACGGCACACAUUCUGCUUCAUUCGUUGGUGCAAAAGUGCAAUCAUCCGCAGGACAAAAUGAUGCUGAACAAAUAUCGCGAUGCCGUUGAGAAGCGUUUGAGCAUAUUGCAGCAGCAUGGCUACAUAUACAUGACCGAUGAGAAUGCUUAGUUACUCGGGCGGACAGAGCUUUAUUCCAACCAUGAAGCACCGGCAAUCUUCACAACAUCAACAACAUUUCCUUAAGUUAUCUACCGUUUUCGCUGGGAGUGCAAACAUGUGAUUGAAACAAAAACUACACUAUCCAUACAUAGACCUACAAAUAAUUUAAAAACCAUCCACACCUAAUUUCUGGUCUACAAAGUUUCCCAACAAAAAAAAAGAAGAAAAAAACAGUCCAAUGUAAAUAGUUUGAGCUAUGCAGAUGUAUGUAGUUUUUGUUUUUCUAUAUAAUUUUGCCCCGCGCGGCAACCAUAAUUGUUAAAGCUUAUAACGAGUGCAGAUGCAACAUGAAUAAGGGCAGACAAGAGUCCAUAUAGUCGUAAGAUAACCAUAAAUUAUAUAUAUGUUUACAUAUAUAUAUACACGAAAGCUAACCAAGCAAACCACAUUACAUAACGUAAAGGGCAAUAUGCAAGCCAAACUCAGUUUAAAUCUAUGUUUAAAGGAGGAAGCGGGAGAACCCAGAUCCAUAUAUCAUGUGCUAGAAUUUCUCCGUAGUUGUAAUGCCUAUUUUCU